CCUGAGGGGCGGUGGCGGGAGCUGGUUCCGGCUGCGCGCGCAGCGGUGGUGGCGGCGGCGCGAUCGGCAGGGCUGUAACCGUCGUCCGUCCGGUAGCGGCUGGAGUGGCAGCGGCGGCCGGGCGCAGCACGAGGCGACGCCACAGGGCAGCGGCGGCAGUGGGGCCAGCGGCGGCAGCAGGGGACGCAGCGGCGGCCGCAGCAGCAGCAGCACGACGGACUCGUGUACACGCGCCGGCGCCGCCGCCAGACCGGGCCGGGUGUCGCGCACCGAGGCUGGGGGGGAGUCGUCGCCGCCGCCGCUACCGCUACCGCCGCCGCCGCCGCCGCCGAGGUGACUGAGGAGAGAGGCGCCUCCUCGCUCCCGCCGCCGCCGGACUUCAAUGCCCAGUCUCCAGCUCGCCAGCGUUUUUUGUUGGAAUAUACGUUGCACAUUUAUGGCGAUUCUGAGUGUGAGGGCAGACUUCUGCCAGGCUCAGCACAGCGUUUUUGCUGACAAGUGAGCUUGGGGGUUCUAUGUGCCAUAAUUAACAUUGCCUUGAAGACUCUGGACACCCAGACUGGCCUCAGAAAUAGUUGGCUUUUUUUUUUUUAUUGCAAGCAUAUUUCUUUUAAUGACUCCAGUAAAAUUAAGCAUCAAGUAAACAAAAGUGGAAAACGAUCUACACUUUUUAACUUGUUUCACUAGUGCCUAAAUGUAGUAAAGGCUGCUUAAGUUUUGUAUAUAGUUGGAUUUUUUUGGAGUACAAAGGUAUCCAUCUGCAGACAUCGAGGCCCAAGUUGAAUUUGGAUUCAAGUGGAUUCUAAAUACUUCUUAUCUUGAAGAGAGAAGCUUCUUGAAGAAUAAACAAGUUGAAUAGAGAAAACACUGAUUGAUAAUAGGCAGUUUAGUGAUCUUUUUAAUGUUUUCUGCUGUGAAACAUUUCAAGAUUUAUUGAUUUUCUUUUCCAUUUUCCCCAUCACACUCACACACGCACGCUCACACUUUUAAUUUGCCAUAAUGAACCGUCCAGCCCCUGUGGAGAUCUCCUAUGAGAACAUGCGUUUUCUGAUAACUCACAACCCGACCAAUGCUACCCUCAACAAGUUCACAGAGGAACUAAAGAAAUAUGGAGUGACAACUUUGGUUCGAGUUUGUGAUGCUACAUAUGAUAAAGCUCCAGUUGAAAAAGAAGGAAUCCACGUUCUAGAUUGGCCAUUUGAUGAUGGAGCACCACCCCCUAAUCAGAUAGUAGAUGAUUGGCUAAACCUACUAAAAACCAAAUUUCGUGAAGAGCCAGGUUGCUGUGUUGCAGUGCAUUGUGUUGCAGGAUUGGGAAGGGCACCUGUGCUGGUUGCACUUGCUUUGAUUGAAUGUGGAAUGAAGUAUGAGGAUGCAGUUCAAUUUAUAAGGCAAAAAAGAAGGGGAGCAUUCAAUUCCAAACAGCUACUUUACCUGGAGAAAUACCGACCUAAGAUGCGAUUACGCUUCAGAGAUACCAAUGGGCAUUGCUGUGUUCAAUAGAAAGAAAUGUAAACAAAGGCUGACUUGAUUGUGGCAUUUAGAGGGAACUCUUGGUACCUGGAAAUGUGAAUCUGGAAUCUUAACUGUGUCAUCAAAGUAGUGAUGGAUUCAGUACUCCUCAACCACUCUCCUAAUGAUUGGAAAAAGGAAACAAAAAGAAAUCCCUCUAUAACAUGAAUAAAAUAUUUAAGAAAAGAAAAAGAGAAAGAAAAAAGGAAUUAAUUUAGUGAAGGAUGAUUUUCCUCCUAGUGUUAAGUUUGAAUUUCUGCCAGGAUUGAAUUAUUUCAAAAUCUCCUGUCUUUUUUAACUUUUUCAAAAUAGGUCUCUAAGGAAAACCAGCAGAACAUUAGCCUGUGCAGAACCAUCUGUUUGGGGAGCACACUCUUCCAUUAUGCUUGGCACAUAGAUCUCCCUGUUGUGGGAUUUCUUCUUUUUUGUGGGGAGGGUAUAUAUUAUUCUUCUCUCCUUUCUCUUAUCUCUCUUUUUUCCCCUGAUACAAGUUGUAGAUGAAAUAGGAGAAGCCCUUGUUGCUCUAGAUGUGUGUGCAGUCUGGCAGCCUUAAGCCCACCUGGGCACUUUUAGAAAAAAAAAACAAAAACAUGAAAAAAAAAAAAGCAGUGGCAUAUAAACUAUAUGAUCCAGGUGGUUUUUAGUCUUUAUUGAUGAUGAGUGUUCAUGUUAGUUUCUUUUCUUAAAAACCCUAUUCAACAUUAGGCAAAGUAGCCAAGAGCCUUUUGUUUUGGUUUGUUUUGGUAAAUUAGUGGGGAAAUGGUAUUUUGAGAAGGGUCUCUCUUCUCAGAGAACUUAGCUGAGAGUCGAAUUCUUUUCCAACCAGUGAAGCUAAGUGGGUUUUCUGAAGGGGAGUUCUCUAGGCCAUCGCUAAAGAUGUGUCCAGGCAGGUAGUUAGUACACUUUAUACUCCUUAUAGAAUUGGACUAUGGCAUUCUGAUUUUCUGUCUAAUGAUGUCAGAGAAUGCCAGUGGUUUAAAAUUUUUAUUUUAGGACUUACUUGUUUUCUGAAUUUUCAGGAAGAGUCAGAGGAGUAACAGCAAAGACAUAGUAUUUUGGACUUGAGAAAUACCUGUGAUGGGUAUUUUCCAAACUGCCCCCUAUAUGUACAGUUCAGUUUAACCACUGAUUGCCUUGUUAUUUUCUUAUUAGGUUCUUUAUGAGAUUUAAAAAAAAAUUGCUGGUUUAAAACCAACAAUGCCUAGUGAGUAUGUGUCCACAGGCCGUAACAGGGUAGAAGAGAGACAUAGAGCAGCCCAACAGGCAGCAGAGGGACUGUGUUGCUAAAGAAAUGGUGUAGUAUCAUUUUUGCAGAUUCUUUGUUGGGGUCAAUGUGCUGAUCUAGAAAAGCUGCUCUUCUCCUUUGCAAGAAGAGCUGUGACUGGGCUACUUUGACAAAGCAAGUUGAAGGAUACCAUUAGGAGCUCUUGCACUCUUCAUCUAAAUAUUAUAUACUUAAUGCUCUGCUUCUAAGAAUUUGAGUAAAGGCUUAGGGUCAUCUUGUCCUGCUGGAAUUUGCUGUGCAGAGCCAUAAACUUCUCACUUUAUUAGGAUCAGCGAGGCCAGUAGGAAUGGACGGGGACCUUGUUUCACACUGAUGAUACCUCAGAUGUCGGCUGGCUGUGUGAACUGCCUAUUUCCUAUGCUGAAGUUCUGAUUUUUAACAAAAUGAAAAUCUGUGUAAAUUCUCUCCUCCCCCAUUCCAGAAAACAAAACAAAAUAAUGCUUUUUGAGAUUAUUUCUAGGAUUUUAAAGUGAAAAAUGAUGGUACUAUUCAAAAUUCUUCAUUUCAGAACAUGACAAUAGAUUCUUCUAACAUAGGCUUAUGAUCAAAACAGCAUACCCUCUAAACCCAGACAGACUUUUCUGUUGACUCCAAGGGUUUUGAUGAAUACCAUAACAGACUUUCCUUUGACAUGCUCUGAUUUUUUGUUGUUUGUUGGGGGAGUGUGUGUAUGUGCAUGUGUGUAUGUGUGUGUGCGCAAUGCAGUGUCCACCAGUAUCAGUGCCUGCCUGAGUUAGGAAAAUUACAUUCCUGGUUCUGUGUGAGGAGAAGGGUGUAUAAAGCAACAUGAAACAUUAGCCCUCAUUUUGUUUUAAAUUACAAACUAAUGUUAAUUGUUCUCAGAACUGGAUUUUCUUCCUCAAAAUUUCAAGUUUUUUUUUCUUUUGGAUUUAAUGAGGUAUUGCUAGCUGAAGCCAGUUUGACAUGGUGAGAGAGAUGUCAGACUGAUGAAAGGUAUGCAGCCUGAUUUAAAACCAAACCCUGAACCCUUUUAAAGAACAAUAAAACAUAUUUUACAUGCUC